AUUUAAUGGUAAGGCAUUUCUCAAGAGAGUGAUGAAACAUGACAAGUUUUCGGGGAAUAUUGAUGAUUUCAAUUUCGGUAUCGUUGGGCCUGAGUCAUUGUGAAAAAGUGAAGCCAAAGCACAAAAAUGAGGCCCGUGAAUCUGAUUAUGUGGACAUCCGAAUGCCAGGAGCUUCGCCGAUGGAGACGGAUGAGUAUCUUUGUGCAGUGAAUUUGAACAAGACGUUCGAUGAAGAGGUGUACAUCACCAAAUUUGAGCCUUUGGAAGCAAGCGCGGAUACGAUUCAUCACAUGCUGGUUUUUGCUUGUCUUCAAGGUGCGAAGAUCAUAAAAAGCAACACGUGGAACUGCGGGAAACUUGGGGUGUGCUCGGGGCCCUACAAAGUCAUGUUUGCAUGGGCCAUGAAUGCCCCGCCAGUCCUGUUACCCAAACACGUGGGUUUCCACGUGGCAGCCGGAACAACUCUCGCCAUUCAGAUUCAUUAUGCUCGGGCUCUGGGCAAGGAAUCCAUCAAAGAUAACAGCGGAAUGCGUCUUCAUUACACAAAAGUGAAGCCAAAAUCAUUUGGAGCCCUCUAUAUGUUGGUUGCAAGCUACAACAUCAUCAUUCCACCGCACAAAGAAAAUGUCACUGCUGAUAUCAACUGUUUCUCAAAGUCUCCCAAGACCAUGCAUAUUUUUGGAUUCAGAACGCACGCACAUGAUUUGGGCACUGUUAUCACCAGCUACAAAUAUUUCCCUGACACCCGGAAAUACGAGUUAUUCGCCAAAGGAAACCCGCAGUGGCCACAAACAUUUUAUCCCAUCAACCCACCCUACAAAAUCUCACAUGGAGACAUUAUUGCUGCUCGAUGUGUGUAUAACUCCACUACGCGAGACACGCAAACUAUUAAUGGAAGGACGCGUUUCAGGGAAAUGUGCAACUUGUACCUGAUGUAUUACACCGACACCAAAAACGAUGAUGUAAUUCCUGCGUGCGUGGAUGACGAAUUGAGAUACCUGAGCCUACCGCCAUUGCCAGAAAGCUCUUUGAUCCCACCACCAAAGAACCCUGUUCUGGAAGAAUAUGCCCAUAAAAAAUUGGGUCAUACUGGACAUUUAAUGAAGAUGAUGGCCUAUGGGAUGGGACAAAAGAAUCCCUUGAUGCAGCCAAUAAUGGAAGGUUCUAGUGGAUUCAAAGAAGAGCAGCCCUUGGACCCAUCUGCUCAUCCUGCUUCUGAUGGAGCCAGUCUCAAUAAGCAGUACUUGAGCAAUCCAUCCUCUGAUUCUGAAAUGGACGAUUUUGGAAACCAACGAGGCACAAACUUUUUGCAGACUGCCCACCAAAAUUACAAGAACCCUGUCCUUGAUGAUGGGCAAGGAUUUGGCAGCAGAAAACUCGGGAAGUUUAUCCAUGUCAAGGACGAUUUCAAAAGAUUUCUUAACCCUCGAGAAUCCAAUGAAGUCCACGAAAAUCCAUCUCCGAGAACGAAACUCAAAUUAGAGCAUUGGAACACAAACAUUGAUUCCCUGCUGGGCUACGAUUCAUCCAGCAGCAGUGAAUCCGACUGGCAUGCGUCAAGUCACUCUUCAGCAGCGACACUUUUACUCAAGGCCUAA